UAUUAUUUUUUCUGGUAAGGAAAAAGAAUAAAGUAGGGGGAGAAGGGCUCGCAUGCACUUAUAAAGUAGGGUCAACAUGCAAUUAGGCCUCGCCAAAUGCCUAUCGAUAAAACGGGAAACAUCUGGAGAGACACAUUGAGGAUUGGAGGAAGUGGAGAGCGAACAUAAGGCCGGAAAUCCUAAAGCACAGAGGACGAGGGUAGUUUUGGCCUUUCGUUCAUUCCAAUUUUCCAAUUCCAUCGCCCCCUUCCCACCUCCAACCCACUCCCCCCUGUUCAUUCUCUCGCUGCGUCUCUAUAAUGGCUUUAUCAUCCCCUAUAGCGGCGAAACUUCAACAUGUGUGCUCUUCGAGGUUUAGGGAGGAAUGUUCUCCGAGGACGCGUUUGAAUCUCCUUCCCCUGCCUUCAGCCAUUUCCAGAACCGCGACUAAUUUCGAUGGUAAACGUCAUCCCACUUGUAGUACAAAGAGGUGGCCACAUGAAGGUAGAAAUGUGAGAUCUGAAUUCUGCAAAAAAGGCAAUAGGACAUGGAGAGAAUAUUCUUCCAUUCUUGAUGAGCAAGUCUCCAUCGAACCUUUACCCAAACAGCGCAGAUGCAUUUCUUGUUUUCAAAGUCGCCAUAGGUGUCGAACUAAUAAUAGAAAGUUUUCACCAAGGUUCUUACAUGAUGAAUCAGCACUACCAUUGUUGAAGCAUUCACUUGACAAGAGCUUUGUGAAACCAUCUCAUGUUCCAUUUGCAACCAUAGGUCCAGAUGAGCCACAUGUAGCAAGUACAACUUGGUCAGAUGCUGCACUGGAGAAACAAAAUCAGAAUUUCCUGGACCCUGAAAUAGAAAAAGCAGAGUUAGAAGGUUUCUUAAGUUCUGAACUGCCAACUCACCCAAAAUUGUACCGAGGACAACUGAAGAAUGGACUGCGGUUUCUUAUUCUUCCAAAUAAAGUUCCAGCAAACAGGUUUGAGGCGCACAUAGAAGUUCACGUGGGUUCUAUUGAUGAGGAAGAUGAUGAGCAAGGAAUUGCACACAUGAUUGAACAUGUUGCAUUUCUUGGAAGUAAGAAGCGUGAAAAACUUCUUGGAACUGGAGCACGAUCUAAUGCUUACACAGAUUUCCAUCAUACUGUGUUUCACAUCCAUUCUCCAACUACUACAAAGGACUCUGAUGCAGAUCUACUUCCCUUAGUACUGGAUGCCUUGAACGAGAUAGCUUUCUACCCCAAAUUCCUUGCUUCUCGGGUUGAGAAAGAGAGAAGAGCAAUCCUAUCAGAGCUGCAGAUGAUGAACACAAUAGAGUACCGUGUUGAUUGUCAGUUGCUACAACAUUUGCACUCAGAAAACAAGCUAAGCCAAAGAUUCCCGAUCGGGUUAGAAGAUCAGAUUAAGAAGUGGGAUUCAGAUAAAAUUAGGAAAUUUCAUGAGCGUUGGUACUUCCCGGCAAAUGCCACUUUAUACAUAGUUGGGGACAUCAAUGACAUUCCCAAGACAGUGAAUCAAAUCGAAGCUGUGUUUGGAUGUACAGGUGUUGAAAAUGAGACACUUCCAGCACCUAGCCCUAGUACAUUUGGUGUGAUGGCAAGUUUCCUUGUUCCAAAGCUUCCCAUUGGGUUGGCUGGGGGUUUGGCUAAUGAAAAGUCUUCUCUGUCUAUGGAUCAAAUGAAAACUAUUAAAAAGCAAAGGCAUGCGAUUCGUCCUUCUGUAAAGCAUAAAUGGUCUAUACCAGGAAGUGGUGAGGAUGCUAUGCCCCCACAGAUUUUUCAGCACGAGUUGCUUCAGAAUUUCUCUAUUAAUAUGUUCUGCAAGGUUCCUGUAAAGAAGGUCCGAACGUAUGGUGACUUGCGGAAUGUUCUUAUGAAGCGGAUAUUCCUCUCUGCUCUGCAUUUUCGGAUCAACACAAGAUACAAGAGCUCAAAUCCUCCUUUCACAUCAGUUGAAUUGGAUCACAGUGAUUCUGGAAGAGAAGGGUGCACUGUCACUACUCUUACAGUAACUGCAGAACCCAGGAAUUGGCAGAGUGCAAUUAAAGUCGCGGUCCAGGAGGUACGAAGGCUUAAAGAGUUUGGAGUCACAAAAGGUGAAUUAGCCCGCUACAUGGAUGCCCUGUUAAAAGAUAGUGAACAGUUAGCUGCAAUGAUUGAUAAUGUGCCAUCUGUGGAUAAUUUGGAUUUCAUUAUGGAGAGUGAGGCGCUAGGCCAUACAGUUAUGGACCAAAGACAGGGACAUGGAAGUUUGGUUGCUGUUGCGGAAACAGUUACUCUUGAAGAAGUAAAUUCUACUGGUGCAGAGGUGCUAGAAUUCAUAUCUAACUUUGGAAAACCUAAUGCACCCCCUCCAGCAGCCAUCGUCGCAUGUGUUCCUAAAAAAGUGCAUGUUGAUGAAGUCGGUGAAACUGAGUUUAGAAUAUCUCCAUGUGAAAUUACUGCUUCCAUAAAAGCAGGUUUGGAGGAGCCUAUAGAUGCUGAACCAGAGCUAGAGGUUCCAAAAGAAUUAUUAUCGCCAUCACAGCUACAGGAAUUAAGGCUGCAACGGAGACCAUCUUUUAUUCCUUUAACUCAAGAAGAAAAUAUCCUGAAAGUGCAUGACAAUGAUACAGGCAUCACACAGCGUCGCCUUUCGAAUGGGAUACCUGUAAACUACAAGAUCACAAAAAAUGAAGCACGCGGUGGGGUCAUGCGGCUGAUAGUUGGUGGUGGACGAGCAGCUGAAAGUUCUGAGUCAAGGGGAGCUGUUAUAGUUGGCGUUCGAACUCUCAGUGAGGGGGGCCGUGUAGGAAACUUUUCAAGGGAGCAGGUAGAACUUUUCUGUGUGAAUCACCUGAUUAACUGCUCUUUGGAGUCUACGGAGGAGUUUAUUUGUAUGGAAUUUCGUUUUACUUUAAGAGAUGGUGGGAUGCCUGCUGCAUUUCAACUACUUCAUAUGGUACUUGAGCAUAGUGUCUGGCUGGAAGAUGCAUUUGAUAGAGCAAGACAACUCUAUUUAUCAUAUUAUCGGUCCAUUCCGAAAAGUUUAGAACGGUCAACUGCUCACAAGCUCAUGUUAGCAAUGUUGAAUGGGGAUGAGCGGUUUGUUGAGCCCACACCACAUACAUUACAAAACUUGACGUUGCAGUCCGUUAAAGAUGCAGUAAUGAAUCAGUUUGUUGGUGAUAACAUGGAGGUCAGCAUUGUAGGAGAUUUCACUGAGGAUGACAUUGAGUCUUGUAUUCUCGAUUAUCUUGGCACAGUUAGAUCAACUAGGAGCACUGAGGGAAGACAUGGAUUCAACCCUAUAAGUUUCCAGCCAUCUCCAUCUGCUCUACAGAUUCAGCAAGUAUUCUUGAAAGACACUGAUGAAAGAGCUUGUGCAUAUAUUGCAGGCCCAGCACCAAACCGCUGGGGCUUUACUGUUGAAGGGCAAGAUCUUCUUGGGUCUAGUAAUAGCCCAUUUCUUGAUGGGGAACAAUCUAAUUUUGAGGAAGAGAGCAAACUUCGAGGUCAUCCACUAUUCUUUGGCAUUACACUAGGGCUCUUGGCUGAGAUCAUAAAUUCUAGGCUUUUUACUACAGUUAGGGAUUCUCUUGGAUUGACAUACGAUGUAUCCUUUGAAUUGAAUCUUUUUGAUCGGCUGAAUCUUGGGUGGUAUGUGAUCUCAGUAACGUCAACUCCUGGCAAGGUUCAUAAAGCUGUAGAAGCAUGCAAGAAUGUACUUAGAGGUUUGCACAGCAACAAGAUUGCUGAAAGAGAGUUGGAUAGGGCAAAACGGACUCUGCUGAUGAGACAUGAAGCUGAAACCAAGUCAAAUGCUUACUGGCUUGGAUUGCUAGCUCACUUGCAGUCCGCUUCUGUUCCUAGGAAGGAUAUAUCAUGCAUUAAAGACCUUCCUCUGCUAUAUGAAGCUGCCACUAUUGAAGACAUAUACUGUGCAUAUAAGCAUUUGAAGGUAGAUGAGGAUUCCUUAUUUUCAUGCAUUGGAAUUGCUGGGGCUGAGGCUGGUGAAGAGAUAUCCACAUCCUUAGAGGAGGAAUUGGACACAGGCCAUGGGGGAGUUGUAGCAAUUGGGCGUGGUUUGUCAACAAUGACACGGCCUACAACGUGGACCUCAAGUUGACUAUCCUGGAGUGAAGAUAUCUUGAGCUUUUGGAGGUACGCUUCUAAUGGGCAUUCUAGUUUUUCAGCGCACUUUCUUUCUUUAGGGUGCAAUUAGAACGAUAUUGUUGAAGAGAAUACAGUCAGUUAACUUUGUUUCACUUUCAACCUUUAAAAUCAGUGUAUUGGAUCUGGGGCUAUAGUAUCUGUACACAUGUCUUGGGCGGUUGGACAGCCUGUACAUGAAAGUUUCAGCCAAACUGGAUCAUAAUUCUAUUUUUUGGAGCCUUCAAAUAUAAAAGUAGACAUACAAAUAUUCCACGGUUGUGGAAAUAUCUGUUCACACU